AUGGUGUGUGUGAGCACUACCACAUUUACAGUGAAGGUUAAUGGUGUUGGAUAUGGUUUUUUCCUUGAAAAAAGAGGAUUGAGACAAGGGGAUCCCAUUUCCCCAUUGUUAUUUAUCCUUGUCAUGGAGUAUUUCUCAAGAGUUCUUAGAAGAAUGAGCAAGCUACCUGACUUUAGAUUCCACCCCAUGUGCAAGGGUCACCAGCUAACUCAUCUUACCUUUGCAGAUGAUCUUAUGAUCUUCUACAAAGGGAAUGAAACAUCAGUUCAGAGAAUUAUGGGAGCUAUCAAACACUUUUCUGAGAUAACGGGGUUAUCUGCUAACUCUGAGAAGUCCAACAUCUACACUGCUGGGGUGAAUGUAGAGAUACAAAAGUGA